CUCUGUCAUGUCGAGUCUCCGUGAUUGUUCUAUAUGAAGUACCGGGAUGAAGUCACAGAGGAGUGUUUUAACUCAAGAGACGGACUGCUGAAAGGAUGGAAAAUUACAUUGACUUCAUUGCUGGAUGUUUUGGAGGUUGUGCUGCUGUAAUUGUUGGUCAUCCUUUUGAUACAGUCAAGGUUCGCCUGCAGACCCAGAGUCCAGGUGCCAAGUUGUACCGAGGCACGUUCGAUUGCUUUCGAAAAAUCGUACAGAAAGAGACAGCUCAUGGAUUGUACAGGGGUAUGGCAUCUCCGCUAUAUGGACUUGCUUUCAUCAAUGCAGUUGUAUUUGGUGUUCAGGGCAAUGUAUCGCGGAGAUUAACUAAUCCGAACACACUGACGUCACAGGCGAUAUCUGGUGCCUCUGCAGGCUUUGUGCAAUCGUUUAUAUGUAGUCCAAUGGAACUUGCAAAGACACGGGUUCAGGUGCAGGGAGCAUCAUUAGGAGAACAAAAAUUCAAAGGACCUUUUGACUGUCUAUGUAAAAUGUACAAAGCUGAAGGAGUGAAAAGUCUCUUCAGGGGAUUAACGCUGACUAUAUGCAGGGAAAUUCCAGGUUUCUCAUCAUAUUUUGUUUGUUAUAAAUACCUUUGUGACAAGUUCUCCCCUGUGGACCCGAAAAUGGAAAAAAGUAUAUAUGUCAUGCUUUUUGCAGGAGGAUUCGCUGGGGUUUUUUCUUGGAUUUCAACAUAUCCUAUAGACUUAGUGAAAUCUAGGAUCCAAGCUGAUGGAGUGAAUGCACGCCCUAUGUACAGUGGUGCUAUAGACUGUAUAAAGAAAUCAUAUAAUUCUGAAGGACCUCGAGGUUUCUUCAGAGGAAUAAAUUCAACAUUGCUCAGGGCAUUUCCAGUGAACGCUGUGACCUUCGUGACUGUUGAAAUAUUUCUUGAAUGGGCAAAAGUUAACAAUGAUGACAAUCUGACUUUAGCUGAUGUGGUGCAAGAGAGUGCUUAUUUGUAAAUAUUUCAGUGGGAAUAAAGUAAAGUGGUAUUGGUUAUUGUAGCCCUUUCCCCGCCUAGAAAAUAGAACACGCUGCGCAGAAAAAAGGUGGUAAUUUGGAGGCUGGUGUUGACUUACUUUCAUUCAGUGUUACCACUUGCACAUGUUUCUGCAAAAUGAUAGGAGAAUGUGAUUAAGAUUUUGAGUGACAGUUUUGAUGCAUGUUAAUUAACAAAAAAUAUCAUGUUUAAUUUGACACUGAUCUUCUAUAUGUGAACAGCAAAUGUGCAGGCUGUCCGAAGUGGGCAUAAUCAAUUUACGUUGUUUAGUGAGGUGGUGAUCAUCGAUUACAUCACAAACCACAGCUUUUUUAGGAGACAUAAGGACCAUUCUGCUGCCGUAGGCUUGUUCACUAAUUAGUUAUUCAUCUGUGAUAAUUUCGUGACAAUGUCUCCUUCAUAACUGGUUAAAUCCAUCCAGGAAGAAAUUCUGUAUAUAAGAAUGUAGAGAGGAAUUUUGUGGGCUUGCUGCAAAGAUGUAAACUGGCCUGAAGUUUUGGUACAGGUAUAAUGUAUAAUGUUUGUAUGAAAUUGUGUAUUUGAUGCAGGUGUGAGACCAAUGGGCUACUUCUUAUAUACUACGGUACAGAAAAAGUCAAUUGACCUCCAUCUUUGUUAAAUUGGACACCAUGGUGAGGGUGAGCUAAUCUUUCAUGGUGAUGGUGAGCUAUAAAGCAUGUAAUGAAUAUUAACGAAACAGACACAGACACCAUCUGUUUCUGCCAUAUGAUAUACAGUGGAACCACCCUUAGUGGACACCUCUCUUUUAAGGACAACCUCUCUAUUCAGGACAGUUUUGGUCCCAAAUUGGUUGUUUCCAUUCAAUUUGACCUCUCUAAUCAGGACACCUCUCUAUAAAGGACAGCACUUGUCAGUCCCAAUGGUGUCCUCAAAAGAGAGGUUCUACUGUAUUUUAAACACUCCUUUUGUCGGCUUCAUAUUAGUAAAUGUCACUGUCCUUUGGGCGACUGGCAAAAAUCUUCAAAGUUAGGUUUUUCCUUAAUCUAAUUUUUGGACCCAAGAUAAUUUUCACAUCCACAUUUCUUUUUCUCGAUAAAUUUCAGUGAAAUCUUCAGAUUAUUUCUUUUUCAUAUAUAUCUUCAAAUAUGCCAAGUAACAUUUGAAAAUAUCCAUUAGGAAAAAAUCAGCCCCUGUCCCCUCCCCCCCUCUUCAAAGGGCUACGAUGAAGAAAACAUUUUUUAACUUGGUUUGCAAAUUUCUUACCUUGAAAUUUUGUUGGGUUAAGAAAAACCAAACUUUCAUUUGCAAAGCAACCCCGAAGGUCAGUGAUCAUUACUUCUAAAGAAGCCUAAUUUUGGUCAUGUAGGUUACAGUCAUGUAUGAAAUAAAUCUAAAUUAUUUCGGAAAA